GUUGACGUCACGCAUCUCCUCCUGUCGUCUUCCGGCUGAAAAUAACAACAGCUUUGCCCAAACCGACCGCGAUCCACAGAGUUCGAAGUGUGAAAGACACCGCUGUGCCAGACAUGGCUGGCUUUGUGAAUAAGUUGAGUUCUUACACCUUAACUCAGUUAAACGAACUGCUCGAAGAUGACGAAAAACUCAACAAAUUUAUCGACGACUCGGACGAGAUUAAAGGACUACAGCAGAACAAGGAGAUGACCCUGGCUAGUAACCGUCAUCUUGCUGAGCAGAACCUUAAACUCCAACCCAUACUUGAACACCAAAAGAAUGAACUGACCAGGCGGUCCCGGAGCCUACAGGAGCUAUUUGAGGCCUAUCAACUGCGCAAGUCCACUCUAGACGACAGAUCUGGAAACACUCCCUUGGACACAUUGCUUGCACUCCUACAAGCAGAAGGGGCCAAAAUCGAGGAAGAAACUGAGAACAUGGCUGAUUCACUCCUCGAUGGUGCGACCCCCCUGGACACAUUCAUCGACGAGUAUCAGAGUAAGAGGAAGCUGGCGCACAUAAGGAGAGUCAAGAUAGAGAAGCUCCAGGAAAUGGUGCUGAAAGGACACCACAUGGCCCUGGUUGCACCUCAGCCCUCUCGCUCUCAGGACCUUCCCUCCAGGCCAGCCGCUCUCCAUAUAGAGGUCAAUGCUUCCCCCACGCCGAUGCCCCGGCGGGCUCCUCCUCUUCCCCCUGUUAAAGUCACCCAAACUCCUCCUGCUCAGCCCACCGCUGCCGUCUCCUACCCUUCUACCUCUGCAUUCACUCCGGCCUCUCCAUACCCCCCUAUUCCCCCUAGAGUAGGAAACACGCCACCCAUUCUCAACCAGGGAUACCCCAACAUGUACAUGCAGCAAUAUGCCCCACCCGUGCCCCAGAGACCCCCUCCACGUAUGGCACCCCAGCCAGGCUUCAUCAUACAGUGAGCAAGGGACAUUAUGGUCUAUGGAGAAAAAACAAAGUGCACACUGGACAUUCAUUCAAGCCUUUUGUAGGUCCUUCAAGCUGCAUGUUAUAAAAUAUUGUGCGCCAA